UGUAGUUUCUUUGAAAGUAGUGGAAGUCUGUGCGGCAGCAAAAUCUAUACAAUGCCGCUUUACUGUUCCGGCACUAUUUCUAUGCUCACUUUCAACAAAUUAACCACUGCCUUUUCUCCAUUUCAAUUUCAAUUUCGCACCAGCAGUUUAAUUAAUAUUAUUUUCAGUACAAGAACAACAACAGCAGCAAUAUCUUGCGCCAAAAUGAUGUCAUCAUCAUCACCAUCAGUAGCCCAACUGAGUCACACUAUAAACUUACCCAGUCAACUCACCCAGCCCGUAACAGUCGUAGCCGCUCCUGGUCUCUCCGAUUCGGAAUUCAGGACUGCUAUUGGUUCAUCUUUAUUUCAACAAUGGCUAAAGAACAUUCAAAGUGAAAAAGGCCUCCUUGCUGAUGGAUCUUUGUCAUUGACACAAGUGCUCAUUCAGGGGUUGGACAUGUUCGGCAAGCGUGUUGGCUUUCUCAAGUUUAAAGCAGAUGUCAUUGACAAGGAAACAGGUCAGAAGGUUCCAGGUAUUGUUUUUGCACGAGGACCAGCUGUAGCAGUUCUAAUCCUAUUGGAUUCUGAGGGGACAACUUACACUGUGCUUACUGAGCAGGUUAGAGUGCCUGUUGGGAGGCCUAUUUUGGAGCUGCCAGCUGGAAUGUUGGAUGAUAACGUGGGUGAUGUUGUCGGUACGGCAAUACGGGAGGUCGAAGAGGAGACUGGAAUAAAGUUGAAUCUUGAUGACAUGGUUGAUCUCACAUCCAUGCUAGACCCAUCCACCGGAUGCAAAGUGAUCCCUUCACCGGGAGGAUGUGAUGAGGAGCUCAGCUUACUUCUUUACAGAGGUAGUGUUAGUGCAGAUGUCAUUAAACAGCUGCAGGGAAAAGAAACUGGGCUCAGGGAACAUGGCGAGCUGAUUAAAGUGCGUGUGGUUCCAUAUGAGACAGUUUGGCGUUUGACCCCUGAUGCAAAAGUAUUGAUGUCUAUUGCUAUAUAUGAAAUGGCCAAAAGAGACGGUUUGCUUCCUCUCACAAAAUGAUUAGGUGUUUGUAGGUGAUGGUGAUUUGGUGCAACAGCCCUACAGUACAAGUUGGUGUUAGCGUUUUUCGCCUUUAAAGCAGACAAGUAGUUAUUUAUGCCGUUCCAUGGCAUUAGGCUACAAUCUGCUACGAGUCAAAGCAACAGUCGUGUCUGGAAAGCAUGUCCUUGAUCUUUUUUUCUUUUUCUUUUUUUUUUUAAAAACUAAUUGAUUACUUUGAUAGUCUGAGUGUAACUUAAGUAGGAUGCGUGAUACUUGCUACUCCUUGAAUUUAUAUACGCUCACUAAUAGCUGCACAUAUUUGAAAACAAGAUAUGCUGGCUUAGGACAGUGCAAAGCAGUGUUUGCUUUUAACAGACAUUUUGUACCUUUAGACAGCCAGAUGCAAAGUGUACGUCAAUUACAAUUUCAGUGCUUUUGACUUUGUGAACA